AUGGCUCCCCUUCACUUAAACAAGCGUCGACACGAUUACAUCGAGUCCCCAAAUCGUAACAGACGCUGUAUGGAUGAUCGGAAAAAAUAUAUUCUCGAUGACUCGAUACGAACCCACUGUGACCAGGAUCCUGACACCUCGGGGAGCAUGUUUGAAUCUGCAAUUAAUGCCGUCUCAACCUGGUUUGAUGCUACAGUAAGAUCCGUAUCUGGCUCUUUCUCAGCCCCAGUGCCGCCUUCUCACAGCCCUCCCUCGAAACGUCCCAAACGGAAACCUCGACGAAUCACUACGAAUGGCGAUCCUGCGAGCCCAACACAUGCUGCUCAAAUUCCCCUCCCUCCUUCUCCUACCGACCCAUCGUUGCCGUUCCAAAACCUCCAGCGCCACAAUGGAACUUUACCGUCGCCAUCAACUCGUAGGACAAAUGGAUGCCAUACUUCGACCACCGCCAGCCCGACCCUGUCACACUCGUUUUCAGCAUCCAGCUCGCGCUCGCCAAGGAGAGGGGGCUCUACUGCGGUAAUAAACGGUAUUACGAAGCCCUACAAGAGGCAGCAUAUCCGCCAUCGUCAGCAUCAAGAAGAGGUCAAGCAGAAGCUUAUACAGGAGCUUUUCACGUUGAAAACAUCUGCAGGCCAAUCUCCGGCCGAGUUCAAAGAUUACAUUAAUUAUGCAGCAAGGAUAGAUAAAAUCGACGCUGCUGGGGGCGUGUUUGCUGUUGUAUCAAAGCACGUAUCUCAACGACGACCCCUUACACCCAAACAGGCGUCUGAGGUUGGUCGCACCGAUCCGUCUGCCCAACCUUCUCAGGAUGACUUGAGCUCAGAGUUUUUGAGAAAAGCAAUCAAACGUGCGACCGACAGUCUAUACAGCAUUCGCAUUCCAAACAACCUCCCCUAUUAUAUUAACGAAUUAAAGGAGCUCUGUAAGGCUUCAGAAGAACCGUCUCAGGCCUUACCCAAAGCCCUAGCCCCAGAAGAUCAAUCCGAGGUGACCGCCGCACUUUCGAAACGCGGCACAGUUGCCAAGUUUGCUCGAGAGCAAGUAAGCGACUCGGACCUUGCGCGUUUGAAGCCUGCGCAAUGGCUCAACGAUGAAGUAAUCAAUUUUUACGGUGCCCUCAUUCUCGCUCGGUCGGAAGAGGCUCAAAAGGGCAAGGGCAAAGCCUUGGAUGCACACUACUUUAACACGUUUUUCUUUGCUAAAUUGGAAGACAUGGGAUAUGAAAAAUCAAGGAUCGGGAAAUGGACCAAGAAGAUUGACAUCUUCAAGAAGGAUAUCGUACUGAUUCCUGUGAAUCUUGGAAACGCACACUGGACGUGUGCCGCGAUUAACUUCCAGAAAAAACGCAUCGAGUAUCACGACAGCAUGGGCAGGAAACGCGGCAAGAUCUACAAGAUUCUGCGCGACUAUCUAAGUAAGGAGCACAAAGAUAAAAAGAAAAAGGACUUUGACUUUACGGGAUGGGAUGAUUAUUUCGAUGAUGACGCACCACAGCAAGAAAACGGCUACGAUUGUGGGGUCUUUAGCUGCCAGUAUAUGGAGUGUCUCAGCCGAGGUGCACCAUUCGCAUUUGGCCAGGAAAACAUGGCCUACCUUCGACAGCGCAUGAUCUUGGAAAUUAUGCGCGGUAAACUAUGGGACCAGCAGUCGAUAUAG